CCUACUGCCUUGUUAAAAAUAUUGUUCAUUUGUUUUUGUAUAAAUCAGCAAAUCUUAUUUACCAAAAGAUAUCCUCAAAAAAUGCAUGAGGCAGUUGCAAAAUAUUAAACUUAAAAUGAUAAAAAUUAAUAUGUUUAAUACCUACCAAAAUCGAAGUGCGUGUGUCGUUGUCGGUCACCCGUAGCACUUGUUUGGCAUGAUAGUUGUUUAUCGCUGGAAACUCUAUAUAAGGGGGUCUUAACUGUGCUCGAGUGGUAUUUGUGUUUACGGUACGCGCCCAGUGUGUCGCUCCGUACCCGUGCGCCGCUAAUUUUAACACGAAUAAAGAUUCCAAUCACACAACAUGGCUUCAAGGGACCCAGCCUCUGACCAACUUGUUAACUUCAAAAAAUCUUUAAAGGACUCACCUGGAUACAUAACUACCAAGACUGGAGCACCCGUUGGAGUAAAGACAGCUAUACAGACUGUUGGCAAAAAUGGACCGGCUCUCCUGCAAGAUGUCAACUUCCUUGAUGAGAUAUCUGCCUUUGACAGGGAGCGUAUCCCGGAACGUGUUGUCCAUGCCAAGGGAGCUGGAGCCUUUGGUUACUUUGAAGUGACUCAUGACAUCACCAAAUAUUCGGCAGCUAAGGUAUUUGAAAGUAUAGGCAAGAAAACACCUAUUGCAGUAAGAUUCUCUACUGUGGGAGGAGAAAGCGGAUCUGCUGACACAGUCCGUGAUCCACGAGGAUUUGCUGUCAAGUUCUACACUGAUGAUGGCAACUGGGACCUUGUUGGUAACAACACUCCAAUCUUCUUCAUAAGAGAUCCAACUUUGUUCCCCAGCUUUAUUCACACACAGAAGAGGAACCCCGCAACACACUUGAAGGACCCUGACAUGUUUUGGGACUUCCUUACUCUCAGGCCUGAGGCAACUCAUCAAGUACUUUAUCUCUUUGGAGACCGUGGUAUUCCCGACGGAUACAGGCACAUGAAUGGAUAUGGUUCACACACUUUUAAACUUAUCAAUGCACAAGGAGUUGGCCAUUGGGUGAAAUUCCAUUACAAAACUGACCAGGGUAUUAAGAACUUGUCUGCUGAGAAAGCUGCUGAACUAGCCUCAUCAGAUCCUGAUUAUUCUAUUCGUGACCUUUUCAAUGCCAUUGGCAGAGGUGAUUUUCCUUCCUGGACUCUGUACAUCCAGAUCAUGACAAUGGCACAAGCUGAAAGCUGUAAAUUUAAUCCAUUUGAUUUGACUAAAAUCUGGCCACAUUCUGAGUACCCGUUGAUUCCAGUGGGCAAAUUGGUAUUGAACAAAAAUCCAAAGAACUACUUUGCAGAAGUUGAACAGAUUGCCUUCAGUCCUGCUAACUUGGUGCCCGGAAUUGAGCCAUCUCCAGACAAGAUGCUGCAAGGCCGUCUCUUCUCAUACAAUGACACUCAUCGCCACCGUCUUGGAGCCAAUUACCUUCAAAUCCCUGUCAACUGCCCUUACCGUGUCAAAGUGAGCAACUACCAGCGUGAUGGUCCUCAGGCUAUCAACAAUCAAGAAGAUUGUCCUAACUAUUUCCCCAAUUCUUUCUCUGGACCACAAGAAUGCCCUCGUGCACAACGCUUACAGCCAAGAUACAAUGUUAGUGGAGAUGUGGACAGAUAUGACAGUGGCCAGACUGAAGACAACUUCUCUCAAGCUACUCUGCUCUAUAAGAACGUUUUUGAUGAUGCUGCUAAACAGAGAUGUGUUGAAAACAUUGUGGGCAACAUUAAAGAUGCAGCUGCAUUCCUUCAGGAGAGAGCUAUUAAGAUUUUCACCCAAGUGCACCCAGACCUUGGCAGCAAGGUUGCAGCUGGCUUAGCUCCCUACAAAAAAUACCAUGCUAAUUUGUAAAUCACUGUCUGUAUAAUUUGGUGCUAAGUUCAAACAAUAGUGACUAAUUUUAAGUGACAAUGUAGUAGCUAACUAAUGCUUCUAGGCAAACAUGAUACUUUUCUUUUUUCCAUUCAUUACAAAAUUUGGUAUGAUUAUUUUAUGAUUAAGUUGCAUUAUUUACAUGACUACAUUUAUAA